GCGGUGCGCAGAACCCGGGAGUGAGAUUGGAGUAAUGUGAGUGCCGUGUUUUCGGUUAUAAACUGUCAAAACAUCUACUUUGAGCGCUUCAACGGAACUGUACCGCGUUUGGAGUUAAAGCGGUGCGUGGACAUGGAUGCCGAGGGCUUCGGGGAACUGCUGCAGCAAGCCGAGCAGCUGGCAGCUGAGACCGAGGCCGUGUCCGAGCUGCCUCAUGUCGAACGCAAUCUUCAGGAGAUUCAGCAGGCUGGAGAGAGGCUGCGCUCUCGCACCUUCACGCGAACCUCACAGGACACAGCCGAUGUCAAAGCCUCAAUUCUUCUGGGUUCUAGAGGACUGGACAUCUUUCACAUCUCGCAGCGACUUGAGAGCCUGAGUGCAGCCACGACAUUCGAGCCACUGGAACCAGUGAAAGAUGCAGACAUUCAGGGCUUUCUGAAAAAUGAGAGAGACAACGCACUGCUGUCCGCCAUUGAGGAGUCUCGCCGCAGGACAUUCCUGCUGGCGGAGGAAUAUCAUCGUGAGUCCAUGUUGGUGCAGUGGGAGCAGGUGAAGCAGAGAGUGCUGCACACUCUGCUGGGGGCAGGCGAGGAUGCACUGGACUUCAGCCAGGAUGUGGAGCCGAGCUUUGUAAGUGAAGUGGGAGCCCCAGGACGCAGCGCUCUGGACAGUGUCGAGGUGGCUUAUGGGCGACAGAUCUACGUUUUCAACGAGAAGAUUGUGAACGGACAUGUUCAUCCCAACCUGGGGGACUUGUGUGCGUCAGUAGCUGACAGUCUGGAUGAUAAGAAUGUGGCGGACAUGUGGCUGAUGGUGAAGCAGAUGACAGACGUGCUGCUGGUGCCAGCCAAAGACACACUGAAGAGCCGAGUCUCUGUGGAGAUGCAGAUGGCAUUUGUCCGUCAGGCCCUGACAUUCCUGGAGAACAGCUAUAAGAAGUACACCAUGGUGACGGUGUUCGGGAACCUACACCAGGCUCAGUUAGGCGGAGUACCCGGUACUUAUCAGCUUGUGCACAGCUUCCUUAACAUCAAACUUCCCGGCCCACUGCCAGGCAUGCAGGAUGGAGAGGUGGAGGGCCACUCGGUGUGGGCUUUGAUCUAUUACUGCCUGCGAUGUGGAGACCUGGCUGCAGCCAUGCAGGUGGUGAACCGAGCACAGCACCAGCUGGGAGAUUUCAAGACCUGGUUUCAGGAGUAUAUGAACAGCCCCGAUCGUCGCCUGGCACCGAACACCGAGAAUAAGAUACGACUGCAUUAUCGGCGCGUGUUGCGCAACAGUGCCGAUCCAUACAAGCGUGCCGUCUACUGCCUCAUCGGCAAGUGUGACAUCGCCGACAACCAUGGAGAGGUAGCUGAUAAAACAGAAGACUAUCUUUGGCUCAAGCUGAACCAGGUGUGUUUUGAUGAAGAUGGAAGCAGCGCUCCACAGGACAGACUCACUCUGGCCCAGUUACAGAAGCAGCUCCUGGAGGACUACGGCGAGUCUCAUUUCUCAGCCAGUCAGCAGCCAUUCCUUUACUUCCAGGUGCUCUUUUUGACUGCGCAGUUCGAGGCAGCCGUAGCGUUCCUCUUCCGAGUGGAGCGUCUGCGCAGUCACGCCGUGCACGUGGCCCUCGUCCUCUACGAACUUGAACUAUUGCUCAAAUCGUCGGGACAGAGCGCACAGCUACUGAGUCAGGAACCAGGAGAUCCCCCCAUGGUCCGCCGCCUGAACUUCAUUCGCCUUCUCAUGCUCUAUACUCGAAAAUUUGAGGCCACAGACCCACGAGAGGCCCUGCAGUACUUCUACUUCCUGCGGAAUGAGAAAGACCACCAAGGAGAGAAUAUGUUCAUGCGCUGCGUCAGUGAGCUCGUCAUCGAGAGUCGGGAGUUUGAGAUGCUUCUGGGAAGGCUCGAAAAAGACGGAAGCAGAAAGCCUGGCGUGAUUGACAAGUUUGCCGGAGACACACGAGCCAUCAUCAACAAAGUGGCCUCAGAGGCUGAGAACAAGGGCCUGUUUGAGGAAGCUGUCAAGCUCUAUGAGUUAGGGAAGAACCCUGAUAAGGUGCUGGAACUGAUGAAUAAGUUGCUGAGUCCAGUCAUUGCCCAGGUCAGUGCACCACAAUCAAACAAGGAGAGGCUCAAGAACAUGGCGCUGGGUAUCGCUGAACGGUUUCGCACUAAUGGUACAGCUGGAGAGAAGUCUGUGGAUAGUACCUUUUACCUGCUUCUGGACCUCAUGACCUUUUUCGACGAGUAUCACGCCAGCCACAUCGACCGUGCAUACGACGUAAUGGAGAGAUUAAAACUGGUUCCUUUGAGUCAAGACCAAGUAGAGGAGAGGGUAGCAGCAUUCAGGAACUUCAGCGAUGAAGUCAGACACAAUUUAUCUGAGGUGCUUCUCGCAACUAUGAACAUUUUGUUCACACAGUACAAGCGCCUGAAGGGGGCAGCAGCAGGAACCCCGGGCAGGCAACAACGUGCAUUAGAGGACCGAGACUCGAUACUGCGCAGCCAGGCCCGGGCACUAAUCACUUUUGCUGGGAUGAUCCCAUACCGCAUGGCCGGAGACACCAAUGCCAGACUGGUACAGAUGGAAGUCCUGAUGAACUGAGAAAAAAUGCAUGAGAAAAUGUCCCUGCAGUUUUUCUUUCUCCCAUAAAUUUCUGAGUUCUAACUCCCAUUAAUUUUGUUUUUUCAUGAUUCAUACCUUUUGAGUUUAUAUUUGUAGUCUUUUUUUCAUAAUUUUGAAAAAAUAAAAAGAAAUUCAGUUUG